AACUUUCACAAAAAACGACUCUUUCUACCAGGCUUCGUCACACGUCGUUACUGAGCUACGCGACAUUUUAUCUGUAAACAUUAAAGGCUCUUAAAACAUACAUUGACGCUUUUAUUCUGAAACAUUUGGCGGAAGAGUUCCAGGUAGCGCGAAAGUUGCGAGGAAGUUUUGAGGACGAGUUAAAUUCCAGCUGAAGCUCGUGAAUACGGAGAGCAUGGACGGCGCUUCCACUGCCAGUUUAAUCCCGAAACUCCACGACGUGAACGGAGUGAAGUUCGGAGAAUACAAGCUGAAGAGCGGCCUGCUGGCUCCCAUUUAUAUCGACCUGAGGGUGCUCGUGUCCCACCCCGCGCUCAUGAACCAGGUUGUGAGUCUCAUCUACGAGCGAGUGCAAGAAGAGGGGCUGCAGUUCCACUCUGUGUGUGGGGCUCCUUACACAGCCUUGCCUUUGGCCACAGUGAUCUGCUCACGACACGAACUGCCCAUGAUCAUCAGGCGGAAGGAGGCCAAAGACUAUGGAACCAAACGGCUGGUGGAGGGGUCGUUGCGUCAGGGGGACACGUGCCUGAUCAUUGAGGACACGGUGACCAGCGGCACCAGCAUCCUGGAGACGGCUGAAGUGCUCUGCAAAGAGGGGCUGAAGGUGACGGAUGCAGUGGUCCUAAUGGACAGAGAGCAAGGUGGUGUGGAGAUGUUGGCUUCAAAGGGAAUCAAGCUCCAUCCCAUCAUCUCCAUAUCUCAGCUGCUCCGUGUGCUGCAGGCAGCCGAACGCAUCGACGCCCAAACCGCCCAGAGUGUCCACAGGUUCAUCCAGGACAACAACACUUUCAGCCCCAAGAACGGCAGCGACUCUCCUGCCAGUAAGAAGCUGCAGCUCAGUUAUUCAGACAGAGCCGAGUUACCAAACCUUCACCCUCCAGCAUCAAAGCUGCUGAAGAUUAUGGAGGAGAAGCAGUCCAACCUUUGUGUGUCUGCUGAUGUAACCAACAGCGAGGAGCUGCUGCCCGAGUCGCUCGGUCCAAAGAUCUGCAUGCUGAAGACCCAUGUAGACAUCCUGGAGGGCUACACAUUAGCCUUCAUUCAGAAAGUGCAAGCCUUAGCAGAGAAACACGACUUCCUCAUCUUUGAAGAUCGCAAGUUUGCUGACAUCAGGAACACAGUCAAGCAUCAGUAUGAGGGUGGUUUGUACCAGAUUUCCUCCUGGUCCCACAUAGUAAACGCCCACGCAGUGCCGGGGCCAGGAGUGGUGAAAGGUCUGAGCGCUGUAGGAAAGCCUCUGGGCCGAGGCUGUUUGCUCAUAGCUCAGAUGAGCUCCCAGGGAUCACUGGCUGCUGGUGAAUACACAAAGGCUGCGGUGCAAAUGGCAGAGGAGCACUCGGACUUUGUGAUGGGGUUUAUCUGUGGCUCCAAGCUCACAGAGAGGCCAGAGUUCAUCCACAUGACCCCCGGGGUGCAGAUGCAGGCUGGAGGAGAUCUGCUGGGCCAGCAGUACACCACUCCAGAGGAAGUUGUCUACAACAAAGGCUCUGAUGUCAUCAUCGUGGGACGAGGCAUUUUGGCAGCCUCUGAUAGGGCGGGAGCUGCAGAGUUGUACAGAAAGUCGGGCUGGGACGCUUACAGAAAGAGAGUGGGCCAGAGCAGCAUCUGAAUGUUUUUCUGUGAGUCUGUUGUGCUCAGUGCUGUCAGUGCUGCUGCAGGCUGAGGGUCACAGAUACCAACAGACUCAAUAAACUGAUCCACAAGGCCAGUAAUGUUGUGGGGAUGGAGCUGGACUCUGUUAGGUGGUGUCUGAGAGGUGGAUGUUGUCCAAGAUAAGGACAAUCAUGGAUAACACCUCCCACCCACUCCAUGACAUGCUGGCUGGCCACAGGAACACGCUCAGUGAGAGAAACUCUGUAACAUAUUGUAUAUGUAAAUAGUUUAAUCUGUUACUGUCUUGGAGCAGCUGUAACUUAUAAUCUCCUCAGGGAUUAAUAAAGAUUCUGAUUGUGAAAUAAUUCUGCCUCCAGUUUCAAAGUGCAGCUGUAACAGGACCUGUGCAGGUAAACUGAGUGUUUGUAGGCAGCGUGUGAUGAUGUACACAGUAAUGUUUGCUUCUGAUAUCACAUCAGUGUUUGACACUUGCAGCUUGUUCUUGGCAGGUGUGUAUUUUACUGUUGUGAACAGUCUGCCGAGCGCUGUUGUGUUUAAAUGCUGAACUGUAAUCUACAAACAGCAGUCUCACAUAGUUACUGUUUUUUGUCCACGUGGCUGAGAGUGGUGUGCAGGAUGUGGGUGAUGCGUCCUCUGUGGAUCUGUUUGGAUGAAUAUAGUGAAAUUUGAUGCUUAAGUUUGCAGUGAAACUUGUUUCUUGGAUGGAAAAGAGACUAUAUAGCAACACCACAAGCUGUACAUACUGGAAGAAUACGUUUUAUAUGUCAGAUAACACUGUAAAAGAACUAUAAGCUUUAUACUGGUGUCAGUUUUUAAAGUCUUUUUGCACUUUUUUUAGUUUGUUUCUGCCAAACAGGAAAAAUAUUAAACUA